GACUGUCUAUACUCUCUCAGCUUCCAAAACAUGGACGCUCGCAAAGAGGACACAUCUUUUGCUCAUCCCAAGACGUGUGAUUGGUUCUUCGAAACUAGCCAAUUUCAGCAAUGGUUUCGCCGUGACAAAUUUCUGAAUCACAAUGGAGUGCUCUGGAUCAGGGGACAUCCUGGAACAGGAAAGUCAACACUGAUGAAACACACUUUAAGGCAUUUCGAACAAAACAUCUCUGAAACGCACAUUAUUGCCGCUCAUUUUUUUAAUGCUCAAGGUAGUAGCUUGGAGAAGUCAUCGUUAGGAAUGCUGCGUUCGUUACUAUACCAAUUACUCGAAAAGGAAGCGUCUAUAUACGAGCGAUUUGCGCCCUUAUUCCGCGAUAAAUGGCGAAAAUAUAGGGACGAGUGGGAGUGGCAAGAGUCAGAACUUAAAAAUUUCUUACUUUUGGAGAUACAACGCUGCCAGUCAAAGCCACUAAUCAUUCUCGUUGAUGCAUUAGACGAAUGUAGUGAGUCACAGAUGCGAGAUGUCGUAGAAUUUCUCGAAGAGCUAAGUACUAUAGCUUGUAACGCAAAAUCGACCGUCAAUAUCUGUCUAUCAAGUCGCCAUUAUCCGCAUAUAGCUAUGAAAAAGCACUUAGAGCUUGUCAUAGAAAAGACAAGCGAGCAUGAUGAGGAUAUUAUUAUAUAUAUCCGCGACAAGUUGACAAACAGAGAUGAGCAGAUUGAGAAACAACUCCUUCAAAAGGCAUCUGGCAUCUUUCUGUGGGUUGUACUUGUUAUCAAAAAGCUUAAUAAAGCGUAUGAUAAAGGACAAAUGGAAGCUAUGCAUAGCGCAAUACAUGAUGUGCCUUGUGAUCUUGAGCAUUUGUUUAAGAGACUCUUAAAAAAAGGCAAUUCGGAUCAACAAGAAAUGGUAUUCAUGCUCGGUUGUGUUUUAUUGGCACGGCGGCCACUGAGACCAGAAGAGCUCUAUUUUGCCAUGUUGGUGGAGACUAAUGCCGCGAAAGCAUAUACCUGGAACCGGUCAAACCCAACACAAGAUGAUAUCCAACGACGCAUCAUCAAUUCUUCAAGAGGUCUCAUCGAAGUGUGUAAGUGCAAACGAGACACGGUACAGUUCAUCCACAAGUCAAUCAACUGCUUCCUUAUUCGAAAUAAGAUUCUACACAGAUUAGACCCAGAGCUC